GACAAAUUAUCAAGCGUUGACGAGUCCGCGGCUACAAAAAGGUUGGAGACCAGUGCUCUACAGGACACACUUUCAUGUAAAAGUAUAGCAAGUAUAAAAGUGUAGUAAAGUGACAUUAGUAAAAGUAUAGCAAGUAGUAAAGUGACGCAUUUGGCGCCUAAUGUUGGCUGUGAGUUGACAUGCCCAAAUAUGGGUGCGUGUCGUUAGGUAGUUAGCUACUUAGCUGUAGUUGAUGUUGGCACAGAAGAAGACUGAAGUUGUCUGUGAAAGAAGAAGCUUUCAAGUGUUGUGGGCGAUGGAAGACAGCGUGUGGACAACCACCAUCAUCAUCAGCACGUCACUGCAGAGCCACGACACGCUCAGCAUGCUCAGAGCUCAGCAGCACAGAAUCCGACUGUCAGACGGCGUCGAGCGUGGAAUCUUCAUUUUUCCUCUCGCUGGUGUUGCGUUCAUGCUGGUGGAGCCUCAGCAUUUGCCUGAAAAUUUGGAAGAGUCAGGACUUAUUGAGCAAAUAAAGAAGUUUGCGCAGGUCCAUCGGAAUUGCUUUGUGCUGCUGUAUGCUCCUUUCAAUGGGAAGAGGGAAACAGAAACACUGUCUCUCAUUCAGCAAAGCUUCUUCGGCAGCAACCCCAGGGUCUUGCCUGUGCGAAACAACACAGAGAUUCUCAAAGGAAUGCUGACCAUUGCAAAGUGUCCCAAAAGAAGGAGGCGGCUCAAUGAGGGGGUUAGGAGACUUUUCUGACCUGAAAUUGUUUCCUACCUGCUUUACGUGGUAGAAGCUCUUCAGUUCCAGCAGGUUGACUGCCAAGCUGUUGUCGUGCACUCUCUCCAAGCAUCUUUCAAACAGUGCCUAGUGGAGAAAGUGUUACAGCCUUCCAAUGGUUCAAUCCAAUCUUCCUUCUGCACCUUCUUACCAGUCCUUUGAGCAAAUGUGACUCCCUUUUGCUGCCAACACAUACAACAUCAGGCCAUACAUAUACUUUCAAAUGCAGAAUUGUGUCACUCCUCUUUGGAGGAAGCAGCAUACCUGCUAAGCAGCUGAUGGAUGUAUUCCACGUUGCACUGAAGAAUAAAUUCUGGGCUGAGAACAAAAGCAAGGAUCAGCCCUACUGUAAAGCCAGUGCCUAAUGCUUCUGUUGCAUCAUUUGAUGGACUCGAUGUUUGGAUUUGGGAAUGUCACCUGAGCACUGUCGGGAUGCAUUCCAUGGCCAGGAGCCUGACAAACAGAAGAUACGCCAGACAGCCUUUGGACUCUGCUAACUGACUUUUGUCCAUCUGGAUGUUUCUCUGUUUUGUGCUGAAGAAGAGGAGCUCUGUGAUGGAUUGAUUGAUGGCCUCUAGAGUGACCUGGAGGAGGACAUGGUGUGAUCACUCUUUCUCCUGCCUUGUGUUAUUUGAUGUGUAUCUCACCAUGAUGUGUGAUGCAAAGAGCCACAAGGGGGAGUCUCUUUGUGGAGUCAGUUCAGCUUCAAGCAAAGGUUCCCUGAGGCUCCUAAUGCAGCUGCAUUAAAAUCAACAUAUCAUCAAUGGCAGCUUGCCAAAGGAUGCUGACGUUUCAAAUACAAACAUUUAUUUCAUUGUAUUAGAGCUACAUUAUAUAUAAAGCCUGUACAAAAACAAAAGCUUAUAAAAGAAACGUCCCGAUCCGAUAUUAGCAAAAAAACAAAAAUGCUUUUAACGUUUCUGGAUCCACAUUUCCUCCAUUGAGCACACAACUUUGGUCUGUUCUUGUAUUUAAGUCAAGUCAGUUACAUAAAGGUAACCCUGUAGGCCAGGGGUGCCCAUUACGUCGAUCUCGGAGGGUGUGUCAGUCGAUCUCAAGCCAGGCAUUAAAAAAUAGACAUAAAAAUGAGCAAUCAUCAAUCAUACCAAGACUUCACUUUGGUCAGUUGUUUGACAUUCUCGGCACCCGAGGAUCUUGUGAGAUGACGCUGGCUGCUGCAAGCUCAUAUUUAAGAAAAAAAUCACUAACAGGGCGGACGCAGAGAAACACAUUUUAUUUCUAGAGACUCCGUACCUACUGUCAAAACUCUAAAGACCGACUGCACAGUUCCUGUCUUCACCAUAAAAGACCUGUUUCAUCCUGCCUGUGCUAACAAAAUAAGAGUCUCAGAAAGCUAGCGUGCACAAGCUAGCAAGCUACGGAGUUUGAUGCCAAUGUAUUUCUCCCCCGCCCUCAGCGACCGCUUUCUCACUUGCUUGCCCACCCGCACACUCACUGACGUCACUCACCUGCUGCCAGACAUUAAAGGGCCACACACAUAUGCUACUCUCAUAACAAAAUGUUUAAAAAGGAGUAUGCAAGUUGGACAAAUGAGAUGCCAAAUCCAACCACUUUCAUGUGGUAUUGGACAGAAAGGAGGACUUUUUUUUUCCUCCAUUUGAAAAUGCGUACGUUAUCAGCACCACUGUCUAAUUCCAAUCAAUGCAAGUCAUCAGAAUCAAAUACACCAACUUAUAUUCUUGUCUUCAUGAAAGAAAGGAAUCUAUGUGUGUUAAACAUGCUUGUAUUAUCAUUAAACACCAUUAACUUGUUAACAAAAAUGUCUCUUUCAUAAAUAAAUAAAUAUAAAUUAUAAAUAGGAAUGAGGUAGAUCUCCUCGACUUGGUCAAU